UUGGACCUUCAUGUGUUGAACAAACAUUUGAGGAAAUACAAUUUCAGAAUGCUGACUCAUGGCUCGCUCGCCCGCGCCAUAAAACCGAACGACUGGUUCACAUCGGUCGACCUGAAAGAUGCUUUCUUCCAUAUAAGCAUUUAUCCGUCACACAGGAAGUUUCUUCGUUUCGCCUACCAAGGCACAUGUUGCGAAUUCACAGUUCUGCCGUUUGGGCUCAGUCUGAGCCCCAGGUGUUUCUGUCUGUGUGCGGAGGUGGUUUUAGCACCCAUGAGAAUGUCAGGUCUGAGGAUUCUGACAUACAUAGACGAUUGGCUCAUCAUAGCCGAAUCGAAAGAGAAAGUAUUGCAGGACACCUGCCGUGUGCACACGCACAUCACAUCUCUCGGGUUCAGAGUGAAUGUGAGCAAGAGCAAUUUUACACCCAGUCAGAAUGUCAUUUUCCUGGGUUUGGAGUUGAACUCAGUCUCCAUGCGAGCGCGUCUCUCUCAAGAGCGCGUUCUCUCUCUAAUGAACUGUCUGUCGCAGUUCAGAGAGGGGGCGAAAGUACAAUAUCGCACAUGCCUCAGGCUGCAGGGUCUUAUGGCUUCAUCGAUCCAGGUUGUAUCGCUGGGACUCCUGAGAAUGAGAGCGUUCAUGAAAUGGGUUUUGUCACUACAUUUCAGCCCGACGCGCGAUCUUUGCCGCUCUGUAAUAGUGACGCGCGCCUGCUCGGCAGCCUUGCGCCACUGGAAGAGCGCAGACUUUUACGCACAGGGAACCCCUCUGGGGACAGUUAUUAUGCAGAAAGUUGUGACGACAGAUGCGUCCUUAACAGGCUGGGGCGCCACCCAGGAGGGCAGAACGGUGAACGGUCUGUGGCCAAGCAGACUAAGUUCAGCGCACAUAAAUUAUUUAGAGCUUAUGGCCGUAUGGAAAGCUCUGAAUCAUUUUCUGCCUCGCCUGCAGGGACAUCAUGUGCUCGUACGCUGCGACAAUACCACGACAGUGGCUUAUAUCAACCGUCAGGGCGGCGUGUGCGCUCGUCGAAACUUCACGCUCUAGCUUACAAGCUUCUAGUGUGGAGCGGACGGGUUUUCCUGUCGUUACGUGCGACUCAUGUUCCAGGCCUUCUAAACAGAGGCGCGGAUCUUCUAUCAUGGGGAAACCCAAUCUACGGAGAUUGGCGUCUUCACCCGCAGAUAGUGGAUGUGUUAUGGAUCAGAUUCGGACAGGCAACCGUAGAUCUAUUCGCCUCACGCGAAAACUACCAUUGUCCUAUGUUCUUCUCGCUAAAGGACGUGGACGCGCCCCUCGGGGUGGAUGCACUGGCCCACCCGUGGCCCAGUGUGCUGCUGUAUGCCUUUCCUCCCCUGUGCCUGAUAAUUCCUACACUGGCCAGGGUGAGAGGGCAGGGCCUGUCUCUCAUUCUGAUAGCACCCAGGUGGCCCAAAGCACCAUGGCUGGCGGAGAUAAUGCCUCUGUUAUAUGCCGAGCCGUGGCGCCUCCCCCCCCCCCGCACGGAUCUAUUGUCCCAAGCGAACGGGGAGAUUUAUCACCCGCACCCGGACAGGGUGGCUCUUUGGGCUUGGCCCGUGAGAGGACGAACCUAAGCGCACUUGGGCUUUCGCCGCGUGUGAUUGCUACUAUACAGAAUGCCAGGGCCGUUUCUACGCGAUCCUUGUAUGGCAGUAAGUGGCGAGUGUUCGAAGGGUGGUGUGAUGGGCGUGGUCUCACAUCUUAUCAGUGCUCAGUUCCUGAUAUUUUGUGUUUCCUCCAGGACCUCCUAGAAAAAGACAGGUCUUUUUCCACAAUUAAGGUCUACUUGGCUGCGAUUUCGGCCUGUCAUGUGGGCUUUGAGGGCUCAACAGUCGGGCAGCAUCCUCUAAUCCGCAGAUUUAUGAAGGGUGCCCGUCGCCGCUUGCCAGUCAUCAGGAGGACAGUUCCUGAGUGGGAUCUCUCCAUGGUGUUGGAGGCUCUGUCUCAAUAUCCUUUUGAACCUCUUGGAAGUAUUUCAAUAAAGCUGCUGUCCUUCAAGACAGCUUUGCUCUUGGCCUUGGCAUCAGCCAAACGUGUCAGUGAGCUACAUGCAUUUUCGGUUCAUCCCUCGUGCACUAAAUUCUCUCUUAGUAGAGAUAUGGUUUCCCUUAGGCCUAAUCCGGCCUUCAUGCCGAAGUGCUUGCCUGCGUUCACUUCGGAGGUGUUGGAGCUGUCCGCUUUUCACCCUCCACCUUUUUCCUCGCUGGAGGAUGAGAAGCUAAAUGCUCUGUGUCCCGUCCGUGCUUUACGGACAUAUAUGAACAGGACCAGUGCUUUCCGGAAGAGCGACCAGCUCUUUAUUUCAUGGGCACCCCCUCAUGGAGGGAAUCCUAUUUCUAAGCAACGCCUCUCACAUUGGCUUGUGAAUGCUAUAGCUUUGGCUUAUGAAUCAAAGGGUAUGCAGCCACCAGGGGGCAUCAGAGCUCAUUCCACGAGGGGCAUUGCCACCUCUUGGGCUUUGUUUAGGGGAGUGUCGCUAAAGGACAUCUGCUCCGCUGCUAGUUGGGCUUCUCCUCAUACCUUUGUGCGUUAUUACUGGCUGGAUGUCACCAAUAUCUCGGUAGCACAUUCGGUUUUAGGGGUGGGGUCUGCUUAGCCCUUCCCUGCAACCCUGUUGGAAGUGAUGACGGAGUGAAUGGGCUGGCUGGCCAUGCACAUCCCUGUCACUAAGCAUGUUUUUACAGUCCUUUUCUGGGUGUAAUUAUAUGCACAAUGGUUAUCAUGUGUGUGAUGCAAAAAUGUUUUCAUGUGCUGCAUAUGCACAGUAGUCACGAUUGUGCAUCAGUAUUGCAGGUUCAUGAGUAUGGGACAUGUCAGGCACCGCCUCUUUGGGGCGACCGUCCUUCUCUGGCUUUCAGAACCUCACUGUGAGUGUAUUGGGCAAUCGGGGAGCUGUCAAUGUCUCUCCCAUAGGUGGAUCUCGAACACGAGAUGAUGAAAGAGAACAAUAGGUUACUGUCGUA